GGCCGAGUGCGAGCGGGGAGCGCGAGCGGGGAAGCGGCGGCCGGCGAGCGGCGAGGCGCCUGCGCGGUGUCCGGGCCCCUGAGCCCGCGGCGCUGAGCCAGCCGGGACGGACAUGCGCGGGAGGGCGCCGUGGGGCAGCCGCGGCUCCGCGGGGGGAACACAAGCUGCUGGUUGGUGACAGACCCCCAGGCGUCCCCAGUGAGGAGGCCUCUGGAGAAAGUCAUCAUGUCCACGGCAGGAGUUGCUGCCCAGGAGAUCCGAGUCCCAUUGAAAACUGGGUUUCUGCACGACGGCCAAGCCAUGAGGACCGGGAGGGGCUGCUGGGGCGGCCGCAGCGAGUUCGAAAAUCACUUUUUGAACAUCGACCCGAUAACCGUGGCCUACAGCCUCAACUCUUCGGCCCAGGAGCACCUCACAUCUCUCGGGCGCGCCACGACGUCUGCGCCGAGGAGCGGCGGCCACUUUGCCGAAAACGGCCCUUCCCAGAAGCCCAGCUUGGCCCCUCUUAUUAUUCCCCCGGGCGAGCACUCGGGACAGUGGGAAGAGGAGCGACUCGCGUGUGGCUUUAGGAAACUCUCGGUGAACGCGGGGUGUGCUUCUCCCCCUCCGCUCACACCCAUCAAGAGCCCCCCGUCCCCCUUUCCCUGUACAGCCCUCUGUGAGCGGGGUUCCCGGCCCCUCCCGCCACUGCCCAUCUCUGAAGACCUCUCCCUGGAUGAGACAGACUGCGAGGUAGAGUUCCUGACCAGCUCGGACACGGACUUCCUCCUAGAAGACUGUACGCUCUCUGGCUUCAGAUAUGACGUUCCUGGCAGGCGAAGCUUCCGCGGGUGUGGACAGAUCAACUACGCGUAUUUCGAUACCCCGGCCGUCUCCGCCGCAGACCUCAGCCAGGCGCCCGACCUGAAUGGAGCUGUGCCUAAUUCGAAUCUUCCUCCGCCUCAAGCCCACCGCAGAUUAAGACGGUCCCAUUCGGGACCGGCCGGCUCCUUCAACAAGCCGGCCAUCAGAAUAUCCAGCUACAUCCAGAGAGCUUCGCCAAACUCCGACGAAGACAAACCCGAGGUGCCCCCCAGGGUCCCCAUACCUCCCCGGCCCGCGAAGCCAGAUUACAGAAGGUGGUCGGCGGAGGUGACUUCCAGCACCUACAGUGACGAAGACCGGCCUCCCAAGGUGCCGCCCAGGGAACCGCUGUCGCGGAGUAACUCCCGCACGCCCAGCCCCAAGAGCCUCCCGUCUUACCUCAAUGGGGUCAUGCCCCCCACGCAGAGCUUUGCCCCCGACCCCAAGUAUGUGAGCAGCAAAGCCCUGCAGAGACAGAACAGCGAGGGGUCCGCCACUAAGGCCCCUUGCAUCCUGCCCAUCAUCGAAAAUGGGAAGAAGGUCAGCUCGACACACUAUUACCUACUACCUGAGAGGCCGCCGUACCUGGACAAAUUCGAAAAGUUUUUUCGAGAAGCAGAGGAGACAAGCCCAGGCACCCAGACCCAGCCGCUGUCUGCUGACUGCAGGAUGGCCUCAGCCACGGAAAAGCUGGACUCCAAGACAAAGCUGGAUCUGGGGGGCCACGGGAGGCGAAAACACCUGUCCUAUGUGGUUUCCCCUUAGGCUUCGGGGUCACGGUUCGGUGGGGACCCCACAGGAGCGAAUGGGUCCCCAGCCGCUCUCCAGGCUGGUGGAGGCUCACGGGAAGGUUGUUGGAUGGCAGAAGCGAACAGUGGAACCCUCGCCCAUCGUGGAAAGGGGGGGGCGGUCGUGGGGCGGGCUCAGGCCUAGAAUCCCUGACUGCGGGGGCGGGGGAGAAAAGUCCGGCGCGGUCGGUGAUGGAAAGGCAUGCGUGCGGGCACGGAGGGAGGCUGGGGCCCCUUCAACAUGUGCAUACAUUAUAGGCCCGUGUAGACUCGUGCUGUACCUGUAAACCGUAGCUGCAGGUUAACCAAUUAGUUGCUACCUUAGAGUAAUACAUAUUCAGAAUGGCAAGAUGGUAAAAGCUGGGGCGGGGGUGGGGCGGCUCCCAACUGAAAAUUGAGCAAAUGGAAGAAAACACAGUAUUGUUUAGAUCAGAAUCAUAAAAAGAGAAAUUUUUUUUUUUUUUUUUUUUGCUUAGUAACCUGGAAACAUCAAGGCUCCUGGGCCUGUGAUGUUCUCCUUUAAACUUUGCAAGCGGCCUUUGUCCCCAAGGGCAGGACGCACGUCCGUGCUGAGGCCCAGCCUGCCCGGUGUAAAGGCGGCCCGCGACCACCCGGGUCCUCCGGGCCGGGCUCUGUUUUCGGUCUCUGGGGAGGACGGCGGCGCACCCGGCAGCCAUGUGCGCACCUGCUCAUGCCCCGCUUCUCAAAAGGCGAGAAGCUAACAGAACUCAUCCGUCAUUUUUCCUUACGGUCCCUGCUCUGUCCUGCUUGCCACGGUGGCCUGGUCUGGCGUGUGCCUCACGGCCCCAGGGGCCGCCGCCUUAGACUCCCCUGGACCAGCAGACCGGUCGCCUGGGCUCAGGGUGUCCGACGGGAGCCAUGGUGAACCCGCUGCCGUGACAGUCCCGGGGGGGCGUGUGUUGUGCUUCUGUGUUGGUUUUUGUGGACUGUGUGAAUGAACACGGACAACGCAAGCUGGUCUUGUGUUGCUGGUUCCCGUUCAGUAUUUCUUGGGGCUGUUUGCUUUCUGCGCACAACGCUUCUGCCCAGCAGCGCGGUGUGUCAAGGCCACGGGCCACCGGCCGCGUCAUUCCGCCUCGGGGACUCUGCCUGCCGCCGUGUCCCUUGGAUUCGGUGAGACCCGUAGCCUGUGCUCCGACGCCCGCGUGCUUCGAUGUGUGUCGUGUAGACAAGCACGCACGACAAGGUGCUGACUAACGGAGGUGCAUUACUGCAACGUUCUCUUAACAGUUAAACAAGCUGUUUACAGUUCAAACUGCUGAAUAUUAUUUGAGCUAUUUAAAGCUUCUAUUUUAGUAUGAACUACAUGAAGGUUAAGACAUGCUUUAGAAAAAUGCACUGAUUUCUGCAUUAUGUGUACAGUGUUGGACAAAGGAUUUUAUUCAUUUUUGUUGCAUUAUUUUGAAUAUUGUCUUUCCAUUUUAAUAAAGUUAUAAUACUAUUUAUGACACCGUUAA